UGUUCUGUUGACGGUACAGUGUGUUAGCUGUUCUGUUGACGGUACAGUGUGUUAGCUGUUCUGUUGACGGUGUAGUGUGUUAGCUGUUUUGUUGACGGUACAGUGCUGGAGCGCUGGUGUAGUGUGUUCGUCGCUGGUCUUCUUCUAUCAAAAUUUCUGUGGAUUGUAAUUGGAGGACUACUGUUUGGGCUGGACCUAUUGGACUGUGUGUGUGUGUUCGGACCUGGCAUACACACGUGUCGUGUGUGUGUAUGAACAAUCUAUAUUGUGACUGAACAACACACGUGCAGACGGUGAUUGUUAGGAGGGUAUGGAUUACCCGUGUCUGGGCAGUGUGUGUGUGUAAAUGUAUGUGGCAGUGGAAUCAGGAAUGGACAGCACACUUCAGAGGAGAGGAGAGAGCCCCCCUGCAAUGGACUUCACGAACGGCGAGGCCCGACUGGGCCCUCCCAUCAUCAUGUGUACCCGUCCAUACCCAGACUGCAGUGUGGAGCAGGGGGAGUGUUGUGACAUGGACAGCACCAAUGAGAGCGGCGUGGGCUCUGACACCUCUGACGGGGGGCGGAGCAACGAGAAAGAGGAGGGGCUAGGUGGACUGUUCAACAAUUCUGGCCAGCUGAUUGGCUCUGCUUCUGCGUCCGUCUUCUCGGGGGAGGAACAGUUUGAGGACUACGGAGAGGGGGAGGACGUGGACUACACUCCCAGCAGCCCUUGCCCCGACGAUGACGCUCGCACCAACGGCUUCUCAGACCUCGGCUCCUCCCUGCCCUCCAGUGCUGGUCAGACCCCUCUGAAGAUGUGUCACCUGUACAACAGUGAUAUGUUGGAUGUCUAUUGUUCUCAGUGCUAUAAGAAGGUUAACCUGCUCAACGACCUGGAGGCCAGGCUCAACAACCUCAGAGCCAACAGCCCCAACAGAAAGAUAUCCAGCACUGCCUUUGGACGUCAGUUGUUCCAACACAACCACAGUGCUUUUAGCAGCAGUCAGGGAAGCACAGAGGACCUGUUCAGAGACUCCAUCGACUCUUGCGAUGUGGACAUUACUGAGAAGGUGAGUUACCUGGAGAAGAAGGUGACCGAGCUGGAGAAUGACAGUCUGGCUAAUGGAGACCUCAAGUGUAAACUCAAACAGGGCAACACACAGCUAGUACACAGGGUUCAUGAGCUGGAGGAGCAGCUGAAGGAUCAGGAGAGCAGAGCAGAUCAGACCCUGGAGGAAGAGACACAUAGACACAGAGAGACCUACUGCAAGAUGGAGAGAGACAAGAACACGGACAUAGAGCUGCUCAGUAACAGAGUUCAGCAGCUGGAGGAGGAGAAUGGGGAGAUGAAACUGAACGUGUGUAAACUGAAGUCUCAGACUGAGAAACUAGACCAGGAGAAGCAGCGUAUGACAGACCGGUUGGAGGACACCAGUCUGAGGCUGAAGGAUGAGAUGGACCUCUACAGGAAGAUGAUGGACAAGCUGUGGCAGAACAGACAUGAAUUCCAGAAGGAGAGAGAGGCCAUGCAAGAGUUGAUAGAGGACCUGCGUAGGGAGUUGGAGCACUUGCAGCUGUUUAAGCUGGGUUCAGAGGCGGGGCAGGGGGCGGGGCUAUCAGAAUACAACGCCAAGACACGGGAAAUAGAGAUGGAGCAUGAGGUCAAGAGACUCAAACAGGAGAACUUUAAGCUGCGGGACCAGAACGAUGACCUGAACAGUCAGAUCCUCAGUCUGAGUCUGUAUGAAGCUAAGAACCUGUUUGCCUGCCACACCAAGGCCCAGUCACUGGCUGCUGAGAUAGACAACGCAUCUAGGGACGAGUUGGUGGAUGCUCUGAAGGAGCAGGAGUGUGUUAACCUCCGUCUGAGACAGUAUAUGGAUAAAAUCAUCCUGGCCAUUCUGGACCACAACCCCUCUAUCCUGGAGAUCAAGAGUACCAGUUAAACACACACUUCCAUCCUGGCCAUUCUGGACCACAACCCCUCUAUCCUGGAGAUCAAGAGUACCAGUUAAACACACACUUCCAUCCUGGCCAUUCUGGACCACAACCCCUCUAUCCUGGAGAUCAAGAGUACCAGUUAAACACACACACACACACUUCCAUCCUGGCCAUUCUGGACCACAACCCCUCUAUCCUGGAGAUCAAGAGUACCAGUUAAACACACACUCACACACACACACACACACACACACACUUCCAUCCUGGCCAUUCUGGACCACAACCCCUCUAUCCUGGAGAUCAAGAGUACCAGUUAAACACACACUCACACACACACACUUCCAUCCUGGCCAUUCUGGACCACAACCCCUCUAUCCUGGAGAUCAAGAGUACCAGUUAAACACACACUUCCAUCCUGGCCAUUCUGGACCACAACCCCUCUAUCCUGGAGAUCAAGAGUACCAGUUAAACACACACUUCCAUCCUGGCCAUUCUGGACCACAACCCCUCUAUCCUGGAGAUCAAGAGUACCAGUUAAACACACACACACACACACACACACACACUUCCACGCCAGGGGAUGAGACAGAACGUGAAACAACUGACAGCUGUCUGUGGUUUACAGCUGAAACUCGCCGUCUACUCUAUCUGUCAAUCAACUGUUAGAUGUCCCGCCUCCUUUAUCUAGCCCACCAAUGAUGAACUGUUAUUAUGUUGCCAAGAAGAGAAACUGUGCUACUGAAUGACACUAUCCGGAGACUAGCAGUAUUAUGAUGGUGUUCACUUUAUGAUGAUGAUAAUUAUUCUAUGUUAUGUUGACACACACUCUCUCUGGGUUCACGAGCUCCAGGAUGACUGUCCACUAGCCUACAAUGAUGUCAUCAUUUAUUACUGAUUUAACAAUGGGAAUAUUUGCAAACCGGAGCGCGCCACUUUUGAUUGGCUAACUGAGCUGUUCAAUCACGUUCAAAAGGUGAAGGUCGUAGGUGAGCGGACGAGGAAGUGUAACAGAUAGUGUGGGUAGGUUAAGACAAGGGAUUUUAAGAUUCCUUCGGGUUAAGGUCUGAUAGCUUGGUAGAGAUGGGAGUCGUUGGUCAUAUUAUGGACCGUUCGGAUGUUUGAUGCCGGGAUACAGUAGCAAUCAACCGUGAGGUGUGCAACGGGGACCAAGGGUGUGUCUCAAUAGUCACUUCCUCUUCUUUGUCUUCUCUUUCCUCUACACUGACAGGACAGGUGAAAGAUGCCCCACUCAGAUACUUCCUUUCACCUGUCCUGUCUUCUCUGAAAAGGAAAGGAAGGGAAGGAGAUGAGGCCACUUCAGACCACUGAGACUCAUCCCUCCCUCCCCCUCCUGUCCUCCUCCCUCCCUCCCCCUCCUGUCCUCCUCCCUCCCUCCCUCCCUCAUUCUCCCUCCCUCCCUCCUGUCAUCCUCCCUCCCUCCCUCAUUCUCCCUCCCGCUCCCUCCUGUCAUCCUCCCUCCCUCCCUCUCCCUCAUGUCAAUCAAGGAAAGGAAAGGAAAGUAAGGAGAUGAGGCCACUAUCAGACCACUGAGACUCACCCCAAGUUUAGUCUCCACGCUGAUUCCUCUGGUCGGGGGGACAUGAAGAUUAUACCUUCUGAUUCUAUGAUCCAGUUACUCUCUGGGCGUGAAGGUUAUAACCUGUCAUAAGCAUUUAAGACAGGCGUCGUACUGGUGUCAUAGCGUUGUUUAUAGGCUUAACGAUGCAUAGUGAACAAAGUGUUAAUAAUAAUGACUCCCUGUUCCCUAUAUAGUGCACUACUUUGGACCAGGGCCCAAUGAUACCCUGUUCCCUAUAUAGUGCUUUACUUUGGACCAGGGCCCAAUGAUACCCUGUUCCCUAUUAUAGUGCACUACAUUGGACCAGGGCCCAAUGAUACCCUGUUCCCUAUAUAGUGCACUACUUUGGACCAGGGCCCAAUGAUACCCUGUUCCCUAUAUAGUGCACUACUUUGGACCAGGGCCCAUAGGGAUUAGGGUGCCAUUGGGGAUGCAUAGACCGUGUAGGUAAUACUAGGAGUAUAACCAGCUUGUUGUGCUAUGUAGUAGUGUAUAACCACCGUGCACAGAGUUAUGUGUUGCUGUAGGAGAUGAGUGUAGUAGUGUAUAACCACUGUGCACAGAGUUAUGUGUUGCUAUAGGAGAUGAGGGUAGUAGUGUAUAACCACCGUGCACAGAGUUAUGUGUUGCUAUAGGAGAUGAGGGUAGUAGUGUAUAACCACUGUGCACAGAGUUAUGUGUUGCUAUAGGAGAUGAGGGUAGUAGUGUAUAACCACUGUGCACAGAGUUAUGUGUUGCUGUAGGAGAUGAGUGUAGUAGUGUAUAACCACUGUGCACAGAGUUAUGUGUUGCUAUAGGAGAUGAGGGUAGUAGUGUUGCUAUAGGAGAUGAGGGUAGUAGUGUAUAACCACUGUGCACAGAGUUAUGUGUUGCUAUAGGAGAUGAGGGUAGUAGUGUAUAACCACCGUGCACAGAGUUAUGUGUUAUGUGGAGAUGAGCGUAGUAUUACGGUCCUCAUGUAAUUCUACACUGAAAACAUAGGGUCCUGUUCAAUAGGGAUACAUUGUUUUGAAACUGAGUCGAACGGUACAAGUACCUACCUGAACUUGUCCAAUAAGAACAAAUGUUUUUUGUUUUCCGUUGCAAAACGUUUUUGCUACGGUGGGCCCUAAUAGGGAACACGACCCCACCCAGGACUUUGAGAAAGGCCAACGAGAGGUAUCAAGGUGGUAGUUAUUUAGGGGAGAAACCUAACGUUCCACGGAAGUCAAAAUGUUCACUCAGUCAUGCCUUGAUGUAAAUGGGAGACGAGGUGAAAACGUUACCUAAAUGGAAGUUAGGAUUUGCCUCUAAGAGAAUAAGUCACAUGAGUUGUUAGGACAAUGUCUAUAAAGGUGAAUUGUUUAUUUUUCAUACAGAUCUAUAAAAUGAUAAAUGUUGGGGACUUGUUAAGUUCGGACGGUCUUUUGAUCAGACUGGAAUGAGGGUAAGGAGAUGUCAGAGCAUUGGGGGUGAGAUCUGUCCAUUUAUGGAGAACAACAUGGUAGUCACUAUAAUCAAUGAAUCGCCACGACGAUAAUCCCUGGAUCUAGGGUGUAUGUAGGGGGGGGGGGGCAGCAGCUCAUAUAUAGAGUGUAUAGGUUCUGUAAUACCUAUAGAUUGAGAUAGCUCUUUUCUGUGUAUGUCAUGAUUGUACUGUGCCACCCAUAUACACACACACACACACACACCACAGUAGCUUGUUGAAUCCACUGUACUGUAGAUGGAUAGAUAGCCACGACUUCAGGUCAUUGAUUUCACCUCGUUAAUAACUGUGUCUCUGAAGAAGAGUCUGUGUAGACAGUCGGUGUGAUGUCACACUAACACUAGUUUUGCUUUGUUGCACAAAUUAUACUAAUGAGCUGUUUUCUCAUGGGUUCUCAUGGGUUUCACAUGGGUUUCUCAUGGGUUUCUCAUGGGUUUCACAUGGGUUUCACAUGGGUUUCUCAUGGGUUUCACAUGGGUUUCUCAUGGUUUCUCAUGGGUUUCACAUGGGUUUCUCAUGGGUUUCUCAUGCUUUCUCAUGGGUUUCUCAUGGGUUCUCAUGUUUUCUCAUGGGUUUCACAUGGGUUUCUCAUUGUUUCUCAUGUUUUCUCAUGGGUUUCUCAUGCUUUCUCAUGGGUUUCUCAUGGGUUCUCAUGGUUUUCAUGUUUUCUCAUGUUCUCAUGGGUUUCUCAUGGGUUUCUCAUGGUUUCUCAUGGUUUCUCAUGGGUUUCUCAUGGUUUCUCAUGGUUUCUCAUGGGUUUCUCAUGGUUUCUCAUGGGUUUCUCAUGGUUUCUCAUGGUUUCUCAUGGGUUUCUCAUGGGUUUCUCAUGGUUUCUCAUGGUUUCUCAUGGUUUCUCAUGGUUUCUCAUGGGUUUCUCAUGGGUUUCUCAUGGGUUUCUCAUGGGUUUCUCAUGGGUUUCUCAUGGUUUCUCAUGGGUUUCUCAUGGGUUUCUCAUGGGUUUCUCAUGGUUUCUCAUGGGUUCUCAUGGGUUUCUCAUGGUUUCUCAUGGGUUUCUCAUGGUUUCUCAUGGUUUCUCAUGGGGUUCUCAUCUCUUAUUCAGUUUCUUGUUUUUCUUUGUGCCUUUUGUAAAUGAGCAAUGAGGUGUCCCCAUUAGAUUGAGGUUAUUUUUCUCAUGUUUUUUAGUUUGUCCGUUGGUCAUCGUGAGUGAGCUUUUUAUAUCAGUUUGCUUUUCCAACACGUUGUCGUAGCAUUGUUCAUACGUUGUAAAGUUUCUACAGGAUCUAGUUACAGUUUGUAUUGAUGUGCCACUGACUCAUCCAACCUAAACACUAGUAUUUUAUACAGUAAAAAAAAAUGAAUGAAUGAAUGAAUCGCCACGACGAUAAGAUAAGAGUUCUAUCUUAGAGAUGAUAUUCUGUGUGACCUGGAAAUGUAUAGCACAUGUUAAUGACGUUGUCGUAGCGACUGUGUUUACUAUAGGAUGACGAUCCUUGGACUGAUAAACAACAUCUAUAGGCUGAGUCUGGAACUAGAGAAUUAGAAUCAUUCUAACUCUGUGUGACUGAAACCAGCCAAGGCUUGAAAAAAUCCCAUGGUUGAGUACUGUGAAGCUCUGACCCUGUUUUGGGUACUUUAAGAAUGCAUCCUACCAUCAUCUUCUCCUUGAGGUAAUAUCACGGAUUAGGAAGGGAUUGGAUUAAGUGAAUGCAUGUUUGCCAUCAUGUUUACACCUGUCUUAACAUUGUCAGAUCAGUGAUGACUUCGAGGAUGGGAGGAUGCAUCUGUGAGGUAUUUGAACAGGCUUUAGAUAGAGAUAUCGUGAUGUGUUCACCUCAUGCUAAAAGAUCGCUGAUGUUGUUCUGCUCAUGUACUGUAGGUCUGACAGGGACUUAUAGGAUGUUGUACAAACUUGAAAAUUUAAAUAAAAUGAAUUUGCUUUGGCAUGACCAAGGA